ACAGUAUCAUUCACAUUUGCCUUCUGUGUUUAUUAUUUCAAGUGUUACUGUUUCUCUGUGCCUUCAGCAUUGUAUUAUUUACUUUUUCUUUCUUCAGACUGUCCACAAAAAGACAUUUUACUACUUGGAGCAGCUGAUUUUGAAGCACAAGCUGCAUCAGAACACAGUGCGCAUCAAAGAGAUCCAUGAGGGCAUUGAUUUUUACUACGCCUCUAAGCAGCACGCUCAGAAGAUGGUGGAUUUCUUGCAGUGCACCGUUCCCUGCAGGUCGAAGGCGUCUCAGCGGUUGAUCUCUCACGAUAUUCACUCCAAUACCUACAACUACAAAAGCACCUUCUCAAUGGAGAUCGUUCCUGUGUGUAAGGAUAACGUGGUGUGUCUGUCUCCACGGCUCGCCCAGAGUCUGGGAAACAUGGGUCAGGUGUGCGUCUGCAUCCGGGUCACCAGCUCUAUACACAUGAUUGACCCCAACACCCUGCAGAUUGCUGAGGUGGAUGGGAACACAUUCUGGCGUCACCCGUUCAGCAGUCUGUGUAGCCCGCGGCAGCUGGAGGAGUUCAUGGUCAUGGACAUCGACGUUAUCAGAGAUCAGAAGUUAGGAGCCGGCGCCGGUCUCACGUCCAAUAAG